GUACAGCCCCCAGAGACAGACACAAAGGCUGCAGGGUUGCAGGUAGGAUUAUUUGGGUGGGUGGGAGGGGGCUGUGGUAGUGGGCUCCUCUUCUAAACCACUGAGUGCUUAUACAGCACACUGAGCUUAAUUUGUUGUGUGUGAAACUUUGCAGACACAAUUUCCCACUGAUAUGCAUGUGUUGCAGAUAUCACUGAAAAUAGAAUUCUUCUUCACCUCACUGUGUAGCACUCAUAAUAGGAUUAUUUGCUUUGGCGUUUUGCAUAAUGCAUUUUAUCAGCCCCUACUGACCAUAUUAUACUUGCAUUUAAAGUUAGUAGCAGUACUUGUGCCACGUCAGUUAUAAGAUGGAUUCAAAGAAAACCUAAUAUAUAAAAAGUGUCUGUUCCAAAAAGUGGUGCAAACAUGGAAAAAGGACAGAGUUGGCAAUAGAAUGUUCUGCUGGUUACAUUGGUUUCCAUGGUGACUGCCUCACUUUAGUACUGUAGACCACCUCAGCACACACCAUAUCAUCAAAGCUUCCAGUUGGCAGAUUAAUAAAUUACUUGUAGUGGUGAAUUUGAGGAUGGGUUACAUAUCAUGUUAUAAAGUCAAACUUCAAAUUGAUCAGACACCACAUUAACAGUUUUUUUUCCCCCAAGUGUAAACAGACCUUUGUAGUAGCAUAUGGUAAACUGUAAUGAAACCUAUUGUGAGAAAUAAUGUUAAUGAAUGUGAAGGAAAUAAAAAAAAAAAUGGAUACUACUUUGAUUCUUUGAUAAUGCUUUUAGAAUAUCACUCUAGUUGCCAAUUGCCCCUGUAGUAAGGAGGCAAAGGUCUGCUAGUUCAGUGUCAUCACACACAGCAUGAGAAGCAUUGAAUUGGCAGAGUGCUGUGAUUGCUAUACAUGCAUCCUGUGUCUCAAAUGCACAGCACGAUGACCCUGAAUGCGUCCAGUGCCUCUCAUAGAGAGCCACUAGAUUCAGUUCUUCUCUAUGAAAUGUAUCAGAUUGGCAGAACAAGGCAUUUGCCCCCAAUGCUUUAAAAAUGUUGGGGUAAUUUAUAAUGUUAGAAUAUUCUUUAUAAUUAUAAUUGAUCAGCUGUGUUCGUCUAACAUUUAUAGAUUUUUCAUGUUAGUCAAUGGUCAAAUACAUUUCCUGUGGAAUUCAGACACAAGCAUCCUAUUAUGCAAAAGGAAGCCUUGGCUUGAAGGUAGGUAAUUUUAGACACCAAUAGAGCAAGCUAAAACAUAGUGUUAUGUAGAGAUCUGCUAUUGUUAUUUUUGUUAAAAUGUGUACUUACCUGUUAAAUUCCAACAGCUGCUUUCUGUUUUUUCCUGAACGUGAUGGAGGGCAAGUUAUUUAAUAUGAAAUGUAUCUGCCUAUGCUUAUAGUACAAGACCUGGACAAGAUUAUCUGCAGGCCUUCAAUACCGAAAAUGCAGAUUUAUUAACCUUAUCCUGGGGAGAUGUCCUUGCUCCUCCAGCCAGGCUUGCAAUAUGUUCUUAAAGGUUAUCAUGUUGCUGAUGGCUUGGGUGACUCAAAAUAUCUUGUUCUUCUCUGGUUGAGUGAACCCAUGCUGGGAUCUUGGCAUUAGCAAGAUCAGCAUCCAUGUCCUCCUGGUUUACCUUAAGUUUGAUCCUUCUCUCUUUUAAUAUCAUAGCAAAGACUCCCCAGUACCUGGAAUCUUUGUCCACUUCAUUCAUAUAAAUAUUGUAACUUGUAACAAAAAAAGUCCAUAAUCUGUGCUUCUUUGUUGCAUAGUGUAAAGAGGCGCCCAGUGAAAAUGACUUGCAGUGGGCUUGUCUGUUGAAUAACAUCUUCACUGUCUGUUUUAUUAUUGGAGCUUCACUACAUUAAUUGCUCUUCACUACGUCCCUGCAGUUGUGUUCAGACUGGAUGAGUGCCCACGACUAGAUAGAAAGUAGCGGCAGUGGUUUACUAGACAAAAAAAACCCAAUAUUUCCAAAACUUUAGAUGAAAAUUACCAGAUUUGACUAAUUACAUGACGUAAAGUCAUGAUUUUAUUAAGGACACGGAGGCUCUGAUUAGGCUUAUCACUUUCUUUUAUUCCUCAGCAGCAAAGAAAGCGAAGGUAUUUAUAAUAUAGAAAAAAUGAACAAAAUACCCUCACUGGGUUAAACCAUUGCAUCACUAUAUCCUAUCCAAUAGGAACAGUCCACAUAACAUAUAGUCCCAUUUGACCCCCAUCUCUUCCUCUUUCCUGUUGAUGCAGAAGCUAAUAUUUAAUAACAGCAAUUAACCAAUCAACUGAAACAUCAGAAAACGUGCAGGUAACCGAAAAUCUUGGCGAAUGAUCCUUCCUAGAGAGAGAUGGAUUUUCGGAACCGAUCCUCUCGAACUGUGGAAGAUGUCGAUGUUGUCAUGAUGUCAUAACUUUCAGGCUAGAGGGGGACAGAGAGAACAAAUGGUAAAAUAUGUUCUCCCAACUAUUUUCAUAUUAUCAUAGUAUUAAACCAUCCUAAAUAUAAUCCUUUGCUAUCUGAAUCACACAUUUCUAUGGUAACUGUUGAAAUUUUUAAGAGUCAGGCAUUAAGCAACAGAGACUCCAUCAUGUACUAUGAACAACUUUUCACAUAUCUGGGUUGGGAUACAAAAAGUCCAAACUUACCAUAUCUGGGUAGGCUAAUACUCGCUUCCGUGUCCUUAAUAAAAUCAUGACUUUACGUCAUGUAAUAAGUAAAAUCUGGUAAUUUUAUUAAAGGACAGGGAGGCUCUUAUUAGGCUAGUUUACAGCUGUGAAAAAAUAACCGUAGAUGAAACAUGUUCUGUAGGUCUAAAAUAGUAUUCUCUAAACGUAGAUUAACGGGACCAAUCCGCCGUUCUGAGAAGGUCUUCCAAUCUACAGCCCAAAUUGAAAAUCUUUGACGCCAUGGCUCCUCUAGUAGCGUGAGCACCAUAUAUAGAUGUAUCCACGUUCGCCAAGGUCAUUAUCCAUUUCAUCCACCGGACUAGCGUUAUUGUUGAUACCGGGUAAUGAGGCAUUUUGGUGGCUAAAAACAAUUCUUGAUGUACUGGACUCCUGAAUUCCCGGGUUCGUUUUUCGUAUUCUUGUAGGCAAGCUACCUGACAGAAAUUGACAUUAUGUGGGAAUGCCGGAUAGGAAACCGAGGUAGUCGAUGAUUUAGUUCGUCUGGAAAUGUUGAAUGACACUCCCGUGGGUGUGAAAGAUUGUGCAUCUAUGUCUAAUGCCCGGACAUCUGAGACCCGUUUGCAGGAUAUCAGGGAAAGUAGCAUGGCCAGUUUUGCCGAUAGUUGUUCAAGUGUGAGUCCCUCAUUUUGUGGCCAUGAUUCUAACAAACGAAGGACUAGGUUCACAUCCCACACCGUCGUGUAUCGAGGCUAGGGUGGUCAAGCAAAUUUUAUGCCUCGUAGGAGCUGGCACACCAGCAGUUGUUGGCCAGCCGGAGUCCCCUCUAGUCCUCGAUGGCUGGCAGAGAUAGCCGAUCUGUAGACGUUAAUGGUAUGGUAGGCCAGUCCUUGGUUAUAUAGAUUGGUAAGGAAACAUAACAGGUAGGUCAGAGGAGCACCUACGGGAUCCACCUGUUCCAUGCACCAACUACACCAUCCGUUCCAGGCAUAUAGGUAGGAUCAUCUCGUUCCAGGUGCCCAUGCCCCUGCCAGUAGGUCGAGAGUGUCCUGUGAAACAGCUGGUAUGACCCAGGGUCCCCGGAAAGGAACCAUCGGGAACUCAUCGGGAUCAAAUAGGGGUUCCCCUUGUGGGUCCAGGAUAGCGGAUGUAUCUGCGUUGUCUAUAGUGGGUAUGGCUGUUUUGCGUGUUGGGCUGUGGCCCAUGGAGGAAACCUCUGAUUCAGUGGAGCCGAUGUCAUCGGGCUCGUUCAAGGCCUCCUCCGAAUCCGAAUCCAAGUCGGAUGAGUCUGAUAAGGCUUUUGCCCUUCUCCAUGUCUGCGCCUUUUUUGCCCGGCGGGUGGCUCUUUUUUGUGGGGGCCCCACAACCUCAAUGUUGACAGGAUGCAACCUGUCUGUAAAAACUGUUUUGGAGGCAUGCAGUGAUAGGCAGAAUAUUGCAGGCAAGGCACAGAACAGGAAUGGCCGCUGGGGUGCACUGGCAAGCUGACAGACAGUUGUCUGGCCCAAUCAGCUCACGCCCGCCCUUCAGUGGGCUGUGCGAGCCGGGAAAAAAGCGUGGCAAAUUUUGGCCACACAAUAUGGCCGCCCCGAUGCGCAGCCGCGACUGCGCAUACGCGAGCGGCACCCGACCGUGGACCGGGCCCAGAGUGAACUGACGAUUCCCGAGAGGGUGUCCCACAUCUGGGCGGCCGGCUACCGCGAUCCGCGUGACUUUGGGUAAUAAACUACCUGGAAUGUGAGGGGGAAGAACGGGUUAACCGCCCUAGCGGGCGGGACAAACUCGGGGGGGAUGGGGAGCGCAGUCAGCAGCCGCUCCCCCUAGGUGGUUCCCCUGAAGGGGUUAGCACAGUAAAAACAAUAAAGCACUAAAAAGUGAUAAAGAAAUUAAGCAUUAUAUCUAACAAGCAGAAUUUAAACAAAACAUGCAAAUAUAAAUACAGACAGUAAGUCAUGUCAGAGUGAUAAAAUGGUGGUACUUAGCUGAGGCAGCAGCAAAGAAAGAGGAAGAGAUGGGGGUCACAUGGGACUAUAUGAUAUGUGGACUGUUCCUAUUGGAUAGGAUAUAGUGAUGUAAUGGUUUAACCCUGUGAGGGUAUUUUGUUCAUUUUUUCCCUAUAUUAUAAAUACCUUAGCUUUCUUUGCUGCUGAGGAAUAAAAGAAAGAGAUAAGCCUAAUAAGAGCCUCCGUGUCCUUUAAUAAAAUUAGAUUUUCUAUUCAACAUUUAAACAUUGUAUAAUUAACUGAUCUUUUUUAUUGCAGAUAAGUUCUUUAAUGGAUGUAUGAACGAAGACCUUCCAGACCAGAAUAUGGUAGAUAAAGACAAAUCUUCAUCUUCUAAAAUCAAGACAGACUGGAUUGACACAAGCCAAAAAGUACUUUCUGACACAGGAUCAUCUGAAAAAGUAAAGGAAGACGAUUGUUCUUUGGACAAUGAAACAGAGAUUCCACAAAAUCAUAAUUUCCCCAAACCCAAGUCUACAAAGCUUGGUUUAGAAAAAGACAGUGUCACACAAGCUGGCUGCAGAAAAGACCGUACUGUCCAGGAGGGAGCGAAAACAUCAACACAGGAAAAAACACAGAAGUUGUAUCUGUGUCUGGAGUGUGGCAAAUGUUUUAAUCAUAGUUCAACCUUGGCUAGACAUAAAAGAGACCAUAGAGGGGAAAAACCAUACACCUGUACAGAAUGUGGGAAAAGUUAUACUCGGAGCUCUAACUUGGUAAUACAUCAAAGGACGCACACUGGUGAAAAGCCAUAUGAUUGUACAGAAUGUGGAAAAAGCUUCAACUGCUGUUCUGCUCUGGUGACGCACUACAAAAGUCACACAGGUGAGCGGCCUUACACCUGCAUAGAAUGUGGGAAAAGCUUUAGAGAUCGCUCCACAUUGGUGGUUCACCAAAGAAUCCACACAAAUGAGAGGCCUUACGUGUGUGAAGAAUGUGGAAAGAGUUUUGCACGAGGCGUACGGCUUGUUAAACACAAGAAAACGCAUAAAGGAUUUAGGUUGUAUACAUGUGAGGAAUGCGGUGUGAGCUACACCAGUAACUCUAGCUUAUGUAAACAUCAGAGGGUCCACAAAGGUGUAAAAUGCUACAUAUGUGCAGACUGUGGGAAGUCCUUCACCCGCAAGACCUACCUUACCAGACACCAAACAACUCACAAAAGGGAGACUCCAUAUGUUUGUUCUGAGUGUGGAAAAAGUUUUACACGAGGUUCAAGCCUAGUUAUUCACCAGAGAACUCACGAGGGAGACAAACCUUUUGCUUGCGUGGAUUGUGACAAGACCUUUAAAAGCCUGUCUAGUCUGACUAUGCACGAGAUAUCACACACCGGGGGGAGACCAUAUAUAUGCAGAGAGUGUGGGAAAUCCUUUACCCAGAACUCAAUUUUCAAGGCACAUGAAAAAACCCACAUGUUGGGGAAGGACAGUGCUUAUGAUACAUUUAAUGAACACUACAGUCAAGUCUCUGAUUACAUUGAUCACCAAAAGACCCAUAUGUAAACCUAAAAAGGAUGAAGUUGAGUGAGAAUGAAUUGCUUGACCAUUUUCUUAAUCUUAAUGUACAUUUCCUGGUUAAAUACUUUGCUGUUAUUAUUAUUAAUAUAUAUGAAAAUGAGCAGUGUUUCACUACAAAGGUUCUAUCAACAGUCAUUAUAAUACUAAAGAAAUUAUUUUAUCACAAUAUUAACUACUAACAUAAAUGAUAUUUUAUAUAACCCAUAAAUCCACUUCUCGGUCUGUAGAUUAUUAUUCUUACUUCAAUUUACUAAACACACACCAUAAAGUACAAUAGUGGAAUAUUCACAUUGAUUCUGUAAAAAAGAUUUGCUCCGAUUAUGCGACCGUCCAUCAAAACACAUCUUUUGUUUUUAUUGCUGGAAAUAUGGUCCCCUACUGUACACACAUAAUACUGUACAUUAAUAAUAAAGUGGGUCAAAUUAAAAUUAUCAGUGAAUGUGUCUGUAGUUGGAUGUACGUGUGCCUAUGAGUGAAUGCCUGUUUGUGUCUGCAUGAUUGUUUCUUGUGAGUGUCCU